AGCCACGGAGCCAUUCAACGGUACGUGCAUUAGGUGUCGCUAAUGCUUGAAUAAGCCCGCCGUGCCGUGACGAUCUCGAACACGCGCGAUCCCACCAAUGAACCGAUAAGCUGGAUCCCCGAUAAGAACUGGGAAAGGCAGCACCACUCGAGAAGCUAAACACCUAAUCCAUCAAAUUGCAAUCAGCUCAGUUUCGUGCUACAGCGUGGUCGUGGAUAGAAGAAGCGGAAGCCCUUCGUAGAGUGAAAUCCAUCCAACCAUUGUGGAGAACCUUCCGUUCGAUGAUGCCAAUCAACACCCGCCAGCUGCUGGAUGCCGUGGGUACGCUGACCGACCGCGAGUCGAUGCGUGUGACGAUGAAGAGCAGCGCCAAAGGGGCGGCCAUCGCCGGAUCCGGCAGCUUCCUGGGCGGUAUGAUGGGGGGCCCCAUCGGACUGUUUGUCGGCGGUGCGGUCGGUGGUCUGGUGGCGUACGCAAUGAGCAACGACUUCAAAACGGUCAGCGAAAUCAUCCGCAACGAGCUGACGGUGGCCGAGCAGGAACGGCUGAAGGCACGGAUCCUUGGUGCGCUCGCCCAGUUCCAGGCCACCGAUCUGGUCGUCAUUCUGCCCCUCCUCGCCGGUAAUGUGUCCGCGCAGCGGGCAGUCCUGUCGGCCGUCACCACCUUCCUGACCAACGAAAUGAGGAUGCAGAUCAUUGACUGAGCCGCAAGGUUGGGCCGCAUCGCCAGCCACCGAUAGUGCCUUGACCCUCCCGCUCUCUGUCUCUCUCCCUUCUUUGGAACCAUGGAUUCCCUGCUGGCAAGGGAUUUGCUAAGUGAUAUGAAACGAAAUGGCCAUGCGGAUUCGAAACAGUAUGCUACCCAGCCAGAGCCAGAGCCAGAGCCAGAGCCAGAGCCAGAGCCAGAGCCAGAGAUGCGCCAUGAAUCCUGGCGUAUUCGUUUUUUUUUUUUUUUCGUUCGGAACAGAGGUGAUGGUGCUCAAUAUUUUAUCUAAAUUUAAAUAUACAUGGUAAUCGUUUGAUGAGACAUUUUUCACCAAAGUUGCGUCACAUCGUUAUUCCGGUUGCUGAUAGUCCCCGGUUUGUAAACGCUACAUAAGGGCACCGAACUCACUCUACUCCUGUCAGCUGUCAAACGCUCAGGGAACAGCUGUUUGUCAAAACGCGAACGGAAGAAAUUUCGGUGAAGGAAGAGGAGAAGAGGAGAUAAAAACAUCUUCAUCUUCAGAUCGGCACCAAACAUGCGAUGCUCUACUGCAGCUAGUGGUGUAUAAGGGGUUGUGGCGUGUGUACUGGUGUACGAGCACUAUAGGGGCCAGCGGGUGCAGUGUGAGUGCGUGUUUCGUCCUGGGGUGGUGCAGUCCACUACAGUCCAGUGUACCAGUGCGGGUGUUGUUGUUGUUGUUGAAGCGAAACCACCAUCGUCACAUGCUCGAUCGAUGGGACGGGUGUCACGGCCACCAGCGUCUGCACAGGACAGCAACAAACAGUUGGAUAAAUAAUAAUAAAAAUA